CAGGUUAAACCGGUUGGAUAUUUACCAUAAUGAAAAGAAAGCAGCUGAAGCAAACAGAAUACACUCCCUCUUUGGCCAUAAGGAAGUAAGACUCUAUUAAACUGCGAUCUGAAAGUGAGCAUAUCAGAAGAGUGACUGCCAGUAGACACACUAGACAGCAGACGAUAUGUCCGCCUCAGAGGAAGAGUGUCCUGUAUGCAGGGAAAACAUACAGAAUCCUUCUCAGCCAUCUCCAUGCUGUGGAAAAGUAAUUUGCCAGCAAUGCCUCAGUCAAUCUCUUCGAUAUAGGCUUCACUGUCCAUACUGCAGAAGCUCAGUGAACAACCGUGAUUCUGCCCGUAAUCCAUUGGUAUCUCCCAGUAGGAGGAGUCAUCGGCGCCAAAUACUGCUGGGGGAUAGUCAAGCAUUUAAUUCAAGAAGACCUGUUGGCUCAAACAUACAGAAUCUGCUCGGCCAGCUUCGAAAUUCACAAGAGGCAAACAUUGACUCUCAAGCCAGUCCACCCAAUCAGGCUGCCCGGCCACCCGCCUCGCAAAAUCAAGCACCUUUCCCUUUAAUUUCCUCUGCACGGCCUGUUCCUACACCACGGAUAAGAGCUCGACCUGCAAAUUUAAUCGCUGCCCGACAGCCUGCACCCAUUAAUGCUGCUCCUAAUGGUUUUAUUCAAGCUCCCUUGCCUCCUGCUACAGCUCCUUUGCUGCUAAACCCCGCCCCGUCCCAGGAAAAUUUGCAAGCUGAGCUGGAUGACUGGCCAUGGCACACGGAGAUCAGUCUAAUGGCGAUGAAUCCACAACCUCAAGGUUUAACUGUGAGGACUUUUGUCUGUCCGUACUGCCAGGAUGAUGGACUUGAUGAACUCGAUCUACGUGAUCACUGCAAUGAACACCAUGCCAAUGACAGCAGACAUGUGGUGUGUCCAGUGUGUGUGCAGACGCCCCACGGUGAUCCACAGUACUACAGCCGCAAUUUCAUUGGCCACCUCAACCUGCGCCACUGCUACUACCUAGAUGAUAUGACUAACCUCAACCAGACGGAUGAGAUGAACAUUCAGUGUGCAAUUCUAGCAUCAUAUAAGGAAAAUAUUUAGUCAUCAUUUUCAGAAACAUGACAACACAGUUUUUUUAAACAUCAUUAAAACUGCGAAACUGUAAAAUCAUAAAAAUAUAUGGUAUAUCAAAUAUGUGAUACAUGUAAUGUGAAACAUGAUACUGUGUGUGGUCGGAAAUAUUUUGAUUGAACAGAACAUUAUUGUGAUUAAGGGGUAUUUUACGAAGUAAUGUGUUGUCAUAUUCUAUCUGAUGCAUCUCAGGUAUUGUUCGUGGUUUUAAAAUUACUAGUAAUGAUUAACCUGCCCAAAACAUUUUGCACAUUUAAGCUUUCCUUGCACUUUCUUUUCAGAUACAAGAUUUAUGUAACAUACACGUACGUUUGUGAUAUUGUUUGUGGGAUUUACUUUGUAGGAAAAUGUAUCAAUGAAUUAUUCAAGUGACACCAGGCUCUGUUAAUGUAUUUAUGCUGCACCCCAAUGUAAAAAAAAAAUAUAUCACAGUCUGUAGAAAAUAUAUGCAAUUAAAGAAAUAGUUAACCCAAAAAAAUGUACAUUUACUGA